AUGGGUCUUGCCGACUACCUAGCUCAGAACUAUCUAUCCGCCGACAAAUCAUCCAAGGGCAAGAAGCGCAAGAGAAAGAAUGCCGAGGACGCAGGACUGAUCAUUGCCGACGAUGAUGUGAGCGGCUUGAGUAAAUCACGAAACCGCGAUGACGACGACGACGACGAUGUCCCGAUGAAUAUACCAGGAGGCGCCAGUAUCAGCAAACGAACAACGACAUGGAAGACAUUCGGUAAAGCUGCACCAUCGAACAACGAGCAAGCCGCAGCCGACGCUAUUCUGGCCGACGCUGCCGCCGAAACACAAGCACGGAAUGCCGAAGACGAAGACGCACCUGCCGUUGUAGGAGAAGAUGAGGAAAUGGACUAUGCUGGGCCGACAAUGGCUUCAGGCGCAAUGGCAGGUUUGCAGACAGCCGAACAAGUCACAAAAGCGCUGAAGAGGAAAGAGCGCGAGGAGAAGAAGGCCAUGCAGGAGAUGGGCAUGGAUCCAACUGGCAAAGCACAAGAGACCAUCUACCGUGAUGCUUCGGGUCGUAUCAUCAAUGUUGCCAUGAAGCGCGCAGAGUUGCGACGCCAGGCCGACGAGGAAGAAAGAAGGAAGGCAGAGGAAGCCGAGAGCAGACGCGGUGAUGUACAGAAGAGGGAGAAAGAAGCACGCAUGCUAGCACUGGAAAAGGCAAAGACCAUGUCGCUUAGUCGCUAUGCAGACGAUCGUCAACUCAACGACGAGCAGAAGGAGCAGGAACGAUGGAACGAUCCAGCUAUGGCUUUCUUGAGCAAAGGCACGACAAGAGGAAUCAAGGGUAUAAAGGGAAGGAAGAAGACAUAUACAGGCGCCUUCGAGCCGAACCGCUACGGCAUCAAGCCAGGAUACCGCUGGGAUGGCGUAGAUCGCAGUAUCGGCUUCGAAAAGAGGUGGUUCGAGGCUCGCAAUCAACAACAAAACAUCAAGGACUUGAAAUACGCAUGGCAGAUGGACGAGUAG